CAGAUUAAAAUAUUAAACAGAGUAGUCUCUGUUAUUUCUGACAGACAAAAACAUAAAGCUAAAGAGAGAGGAGGUUGCUUUUUCUUUAUUGGACGAACAAAAAACUUUAUCUUUCCUUCCUUUGAAAUCUCCCGGAGAAAAACUAUAGAGAUUUUCCGUUUCCCGCUUUAAUACAGUGCCCCAAUUCGCGCGACACAUAGAGUGUAGAGACGCUUUCACGAGCGUUUCCGACGUCGGACUUUCAGCUCAUCAUCUCCACAUCUUUAACGGUAAAGAUUAAUCAUGCCUGAAAUUCAUUUGGGUGCUCAUACAAUAAGAUCCCAUGGAGUAACAGUCGCGAGGUUCCACAUGCAUGACUGGCUCAUUCUUCUGCUGCUAAUAGUCAUUGAAAUUGUUCUUAAUGUCAUCGAACCCUUUCAUCGUUUUGUUGGAGAAGAUAUGCUCACUGAUCUCAGAUACCCUCUGCAGGACAACACAAUUCCUUUCUGGGCUGUCCCGUUGAUAGCUGUUGUGCUACCUUUUGCUGUCAUUUGUGUUUACUACUUCAUUAGAAAUGAUGUUUAUGACCUGCAUCAUGCAAUACUAGGGCUUUUGUUCUCUGUACUUAUAACCGGUGUCAUAACCGAUGCUAUAAAGGACGCUGUUGGUCGACCUCGUCCUGAUUUCUUUUGGCGUUGUUUCCCUGACGGUAUAGGGAUCUUUCACAAUGUCACGAAGAAUGUUCUAUGUACUGGAGCUAAGGAUGUGGUCAAAGAGGGACACAAGAGCUUCCCCAGCGGCCACACAUCUUGGUCGUUUGCUGGUCUAGGAUUUCUAUCGUUAUACUUGUCUGGGAAAAUCAGGGUGUUUGACCAGAGAGGGCAUGUUGCAAAGCUCUGCAUUGUGAUUUUACCUCUACUGGUUGCAGCAUUGGUUGGUGUAUCCAGAGUUGAUGACUAUUGGCAUCACUGGCAAGAUGUUUUUGGAGGAGCUAUCAUAGGAUUGACUGUGGCCACAUUUUGUUAUCUGCAAUUUUUCCCUCCUCCAUACGAUCCAGACGGUUGGGGACCUCAUGCCUACUUCCAGAUGCUGGCAGACUCAAGAAAUGAUGUCCAAGAUUCAGCAGGAAUGAAUCAUCUAAGCGUGAGGCAAACAGAGCUAGAGAGCGUACGUUGAUGGAGAAGAGACGUCCAUGGAAAUAUCAAGAAGCAACACGCGGGACACCACCCGUAUGCUUCAGAACCGCUAAGUGAAGUCUUUGUACUCGUUAUCUAUCAAUCUUAGGCAUUGUCGCAUUGAUAUGUAUUGGCUUAAUCACAAGGCCCAAUAUUGGUUGGAAGCCCAUUCGCUAAAAAUAGAGCCCUAUAAAGAGA